AUGGAGGCGGCACGCGCGAGGGCGCCCGCGUGUGUGGAAACUCUUGCUGAGGAGCGCGCGACCGUGGGCGCAUCUUCUGAGGAGCGCGCGACUGUGGGCGCGGGCUUUGCUGGUAUUGCGCGCUCGGAGUUGCGAGUUGCUCCUGAUGGCGGAGGAAGAUGGCGGAAACGGCGGCUGGGGGAGGGGGGCGCUGGUGUGGGGGGAGCGGAAGUGAGCGCGGGGGAGGGGAGACCGGGGGAAGCGGGAGAGGCGGAAGAGGCUGGUGGUGUUGGGGCGGAAGCCAAACGGAGGAGGCAAGGAGGGAUGGAGGGGCAGUGGAGGGCCGGGAGGAGAGGCAGUCAGGGAGAGGGAGAAGGGGAUGAAGAGGGAGGGGAGGAGGAGGAGGAGGAUGAUGAGGAGAAUAGUGAGGAGGAUGAGGAGGGAGGGGAGGAGGAGGAAGAAGAGGAGGGGGAGGUGGAUGAUGAGAGUGAUGAGGUGGCAAGGGGUCAAGCGGAUGGGGAUGAAGGCGAGAACGACCAGCUGGGAAACAGAGUGGAGAGGGAAGGGUGCGCACGUAUGCGGAUCCGCAGAGGGUCUCAGCAUGACAGGUCAAUUCAGCCAGAUGAAUAUGGUGAGGUUGAGGAGGAGGACGAGUGGGAGGAGGAGGAAGAGGAGGAUGAAGAGGACGAGGAGGAAGAGGAGAAUGAUGAGGAUGAGGAUGAUUAUGACGAGGAUGAGGACGGGGAUGAGAAUGAUGGUGACUGUAGCAGUGACUAUGACGAGAGCUGGUGGGAGGAGUGCGAUAGUGAUGUGGAGGGAGGGGAGGAGGCGAACAGCAGGUUGGGGGAGGAGAGAUUGGUGGAUGGAUUGAGGGAAAGUUUUCAGAAGUUGGAAACGGAGUGUAGAUUGGCGAGGAAGAACUAUGACGAGUUGCGAUCUGCUUGUAAGCAGCUUCAGGAGCAAAACAGCUUCUUCCGAUCUAAGACGAAGCAGUAUCUGAAAACGGGGAUGAACGAGGCGGGUAACCAGGUCCCGCUCGCCACCCGCCAGGGCCAUGUUCGGGCAUCCCAUUCAGCACUGCCAGCUCCCGAAGCUGUGCCCGCUUUAGCAGGUCGUAAGAGUCAUCCUGAAGUGGGGGACGAAAAGUUUGACGACUAG